GUAGACUCUUGACGGGCACGGCAAAAAGCCCCCCGAGUUCUCUCCCUUGCUGCUUGCUUCACACAAAUACGAAAACAGCGUUGCCCAUGUCGUCUUUUCUGUGCUAUUCUAACCCACGGUGGGAGAUGGUUUUUAAAGUCAUUUUGUGAGACUGCCUUGCCAGCCAGCCCCAGGCUCUGGGAGCUACCACCCUAGGAAGCAGAGGCUACGUGUGUUCUGCCUGACAGCACAGGACGCUCUCUGCGCUACGGAGGGAGGCCCCGUGCCUGCAGCGGCCCUGACCCAGGCUCGCCUGUCCUUUCUGCCCCAGUUGCAGGCACCUUCAGCUGCACCAUGAGGUUUACGGUCCGGGACUGCGACCCUGACACUGGGGUUCCAGCUGAGGAGGGGUAUGAUGACGAGUACGUGCUGGAAGACCUUGAAGUGACCGUGUCUGACCACAUUCAGAAAGUACUGAAGCCUAAUUUUGCUGCUGCCUGGGAAGAGGUGGGAGACACCUUUGAGAAAGAGGAGACGUUUGCCCUCAGUUCCACCAAAACUCUCGAAGAAGCUGUCAACAACAUCACCACCUUUCUGGGCAUGCAGCCAUGUGAGAGGUCGGACAAAGUACCGGAGAACAAGAAUUCCCAUUCCCUCUAUCUGGCAGGUGUAUACAGAGGUGGCUAUGACUUAUUGGUGAGGUCCAGGCUGGCCUUAGCAGAUGGAGUGACCAUGCAGGUGACUGUCAGAAGCCAAGAGGGAACACCUGUAGAUGUUAUCUUAGCUUCUGUUGGAUAAAUGUUUACUGGGCAAGAUGAAGUCGAUGCACACUUCACUGUCAGUGGGCUUUUAGGCUGGUGGCAUGAAUUUCCCAGAAUCAUACUUUUAAAGAUUAACGUCUUUGGAGAAGCAAAUUAAAUAUUUGGCCCUGAGCCAGCAGAUCAAGCAAAUAUCUGUCCUUGUGCAUGUAAAUUUUUUUUUUUUUUUAUUACACUUGGUCAACUUUGGUAUGAUAGUACAGCUUUGGGUGAUCUUGCAAAUCAAAUACUAUCCUCUACCCCAGCUGCUUAACCUCAUUAUAGUCUUUAAUUUAAUGUGUGUCUGAAAGCUCCUGACAAUGUUGAAAGCUUUUAUCCCAGAGGGGUGGUGGGGGAGGGGAAGCCAGAGUCCACUUUUGUCAAAAUUCAUUUUUAUUAAUAGAAAAUAAACACUUAUUCCAGUUUCAGUUGUUAUACUUGAAGUUGCUAAUAAAAAAAAAAAUUUAAAAUAA